CGACUCGUUGUAUUACAGAUGUAUAUUUCUCGUGCUAAUCUGGGAAUUAAUGUGCGGUUUGCUACACUGUCAUAUAACUUGAUUAUUUGGUGACUAUAUAUUAUUAAUUUCACUGAUAAAUUGGACCACGAAAGGAGUACGCGUGAUUAUAAUUCAGGUGUAUAGUGAAUAUUGGCUGGAAGUUAAAGUCUGUUUCUGUAAACGAACUUACGGUUUUUCAAACUGCCAAGACAUUUACACGUGUUAUUUACAGUGGUGUCUUCCACAGAGGAAUGUGAUGACCUGUUACUGAUGGUCAGAUGACAGAACGAAUGUUUCCCCACUUUAGCCACUGUUUAAUAUAGCCAUGAGCUUCAGCAGUGAUGAAAUUAACUUUCUUGUAUAUCGAUAUUUACAGGAAUCAGGUUUUGUUCAUUCUGCAUACACGUUUGGUAUAGAGAGCCACAUCAGCCAGUCCAAUAUAAAUGGGGCUCUUGUGCCUCCAGCGGCACUCCUGAAUAUCAUACAAAAAGGCCUCCAGUACACUGAGGCAGAAAUCAGUAUUGGAGAGGAUGGGUCGGAAAAAGUUAUUGAGUCUCUAUCGCUGAUCGAUGCUGUAAUGCCGGAUGUGGUAGAGUCCCGAAAACAAGCAGCAGCCAAGGCCCACAUCAAAACAGCAGAGACACCGAACACAAAUGGAGAGGAGCCCUCUCACACGCUUACCAAUCACACAGAGUCUAUGGAAGUUGAUGGCAGUUUGGAAAUCCCAAGCAGUAAAGCAACUGUGCUACGUGGCCAUGAAUCUGAGGUGUUUAUUUGUGCUUGGAAUCCUGCUAAUGAUCUGCUAGCAUCUGGGUCUGGGGAUUCAACCGCACGGAUCUGGAACAUGAACGACAACAGUAAUAGUGCAAAUCAGUUGGUGCUGCGUCACUGUAUCCAGAAAGGUGGAACAGAGGUCCCUAGUAACAAGGAUGUCACAUCACUAGACUGGAAUUGUGAAGGCACAUUGCUGGCUACAGGAUCCUAUGAUGGUUAUGCUAGAAUAUGGAGCACAGAUGGUCGGUUGGUGAACACAUUAGGUCAACAUAAAGGUCCAAUAUUUGCUUUGAAGUGGAAUAAACGAGGAAACUACAUCCUUAGUGCUGGGGUGGAUAAGACAACUAUUAUCUGGGAUGCCAGUUCAGGGAAUUGUACACAACAGUUUUCAUUUCAUUCUGCUCCUGCGCUGGACGUAGAUUGGCAGACGAAUGCGACUUUUGCGUCCUGUUCCACAGACCAGUGUAUACAUGUUUGUCGAUUAGGGGUUGACCGGCCCAUCAAAACAUUCCAAGGCCAUACCAAUGAAGUAAAUGCCAUAAAAUGGGACCCACAGGGUCAGCUGUUAGCGUCAUGUUCAGACGACAUGACUUUAAAGAUAUGGGAUAUGCAGCAUAACAAUUGUGUCCAUGAUUUACAAGCUCAUAACAAAGAAAUCUACACAAUCAAAUGGAGUCCCACUGGGCCAGGAACCAACAAUCCAAAUGUACCACUGAUUUUGUCAAGUGCAUCGUUUGAUUCCACGGUGCGCCUCUGGGAUGUGCAGCAGGGUACAUGUAUUCACACGUUGACUAAGCACCAGGAACCUGUCUACAGUGUGGCAUUCAGCCCGGAUGGCAAAUUCCUGGCCAGUGGCUCCUUUGACAAGUGUGUUCAUAUAUGGAAUGUGCAGAGUGGCGCUUUAGUACAGAGUUACCGUGGGACGGGAGGAAUUUUUGAAGUGUGUUGGAACCACCGUGGGGACAAAGUUGGGGCUAGCGCCUCUGAUGGAUCAGUAUUUGUCUUGGACUUGCGGAAGUGAAGAAUUGCUAUGAUAUCAAAGACAUUGCUAGCUGCUACCUCGUAGUCUUUUUCAAAGGAAUGAAACGUGAAAGAGCAUGGCGACCCUCUGAAGACAAAGAAAGAUUAUCUGAUGUUCUUCAAUCAAAGUGUAAUGCAAACGAGGCACAGUUCAGGCUGAAGUAGCUGACUGUUGAAAGAUGGAAGCCCACUUCCCAAGGGCAAUAUAUUGCAGUGCUGUCCCAAGAGGUGUUGGCAGUCAGUGGCUUGUACGCUCAGGCUGACAGAGGACAAGCCAUUCGGCAGUCUGGCAUGUGGAGUUGAUUGUUCAACUCGCUUAUAUGAUAGAUUGUGCUUAUGCACAGAGAGGUUAUUUUGAUAGAGAGAUAUGAAAGAUGAACCAAAAGUUAUCCCUUAAGAACGAGCUUGAAUAGGAAGUUUUACAUGUGAGGUGAUUAUCUUAGUGUACAGGUCUGGAGAGAGUUAAAAGAUGUACUCCUUAGUUAAUUCCCAGCACCAAAGAGGAUACUAUCGAACACAGCUAUUUUAAUCAUCAUGUGAACAAAAUAAAAAUGUGUUGUUGAUGAAUGUACUGACUGAUGUUAUGUGGUCCACUUGUUUAUUGUCAGUCUAUUUCCCUGUGAGAAAGCACAUUAUUGACAAUGUCUACAGAUUUUCCCAUUUUGUAACAUUACUUUGUUAUAACACUUUCUCAAUGUAACAUUUCUCUAUGAAGGUGUCUGCAUUCUUCAUUGAGAAGGAAGGUUCUGUUCUUUACAUGUGAAUGUCUUUUUUCAUCAUUUUGGAAAAUAUAAUCAUAAUUUUAAAAAAAUAGAUUAUUUGUAAAAUUACUUUAGUCCCUUUUCACAAAACUUCUUAAGGUUAUUCAGGUCUGGUCUGAUAUAUUCAAAAUUUGAAGAU